AUGAAGGCAGAGCAGAUCGUUGGCAAGGCACUAGCAGAAGUGCUGCCAAUUACCGAUAAAUGGUGGUUCCAGCAAAGUCACUUACUGCGUCUAAACCUCUUACUGGUCAUACCGCUGCUAUCGUCGUCGGUUGCCGGAUACGAUGGCUCACUCAUGAAUGGACUACAAGCACUCCAUCAAUGGCGAGAUUACUUUGGACAGCCACAAGGUGCUCUCUUGGGACUUGUCAACGCUGCUCAGUCCAUCGGCUCCGUCCUCGCCUUGCCCAUUGUAGGCUCCUUUUCUGAUAAAUUUGGCCGCAAGCCAGUUCUAUUUGCAGGCUGCAUUGGUGUGAUCGUCGCCACGAUAAUUCAGGCUACUUCCACCACACUCGCACAAUUCAUCGUCUCUCGGCUCGUAGUUGGCUUCGCAGGAAUGUUUGUGGUACAGCCAGCGCCUCUCUUGAUCGCCGAAGUCGCAUACCCGACACAUCGAGGCAAAUACACUGCAGCGUAUUGGACGAUGUAUUACUUGGGUGCGAUUCUCGCUUCAUGGACAACAUUUGGCACACAAGACUAUGUCUCUACCUGGAGCUGGAGAAUCCCGACCAUCCUGCAAUGUGCCUAUCCGUUGAUACAGACAGUUGGUUUGUUCUGGGUGCCAGAGUCGCCAAGAUGGCUAGUGUCCAAGGAUAGGAACUCGGAGGCACUUCACAUCCUUGCUAAGUAUCAUGCUGCAGGAGAUGCGCAGAGCCCACUUGUGGUUCGUGAGAUGGGCGAGAUUGUUGAGACGAUCAGAAUGGAGCAAGAUGCCAAGUCCACAACUUGGGGCACUCUGGUUGCCACGCCCGGAAAUCGAAAGCGAUUGUUCAUCGCAGUAUGCUUGGGAACAUUUGCACAAUGGAACGGAAUCGGUGUCGUCAGCUACUACCUCUCUCUGGUACUGGACACAGUCGGCGUGACUUCCGCCUUCGACCAGACACUCAUCAACGGUCUGCUACAAGUCUUUAACUUUGGAGCUGCAGUCAUGGGUGCUAUGUUAGUCGACCGUCUUGGCCGCCGGACUCUAUUCACUUGGAGUGGAAUAGGCAUGCUCAUGUCCUACAUCGUCUGGACUGCGUGCUCGGCUGUGAACAACAAUACUGGCUCUCAGCCUGCUGGCAUCGUCGUUAUUGUCUGCCUGUUUACGUUCUUCUUCCACUACGACAUCUGCUUCACGCCUCUCCUCAUGGGCUACACGACCGAGAUCAUGCCCUUCAGCAUCCGCUCCAAAGGAUUAUCGUGUGAGCUCAUGGCCAUCUAUGCAUCGUUGGUCAUCGCAGCAUUCGUCAACCCUAUCGGUUUGGAGAACAUCGGUUGGCGAUAUUACAUUGUAUUUUGCUGUCUGCUCGUCAUAUUCUUGGCAGUCACAUACUUCACGUUUCCCGAGACUAGAGGGUACAGUCUCGAAGAGAUCGCGGAGGUCUUCGAUGGACCAUCGGCAAGGCCCGAUACUGCUGCAAUUGAGCGAAAGCUGAGCGACGCUGCCUAUGAUGAGCAGAUUGAAGAGCGAAUCAGUAAAGUGUAG